AUGGAUGAAGCCCUGGCUUCAAUGAUUCCUUGUCACCUGCUCUUCUACCAACUUUCCUGCAAGCUAACAUUCCUGGUCAUUCUCAUCAUGCCCCGAGGAAAGAAGAGUAAGGCACGUGCUCGUGAGAGACGUGAGCAAAACAGAGUUCAGCAACAGAAGCUCAAAGAUGCUCAUCCCAGUGCACCAGAAGAAGGAGAGUCUCCCUCCCCUCCACAUGUUUCUGGAGGUGCUCUUCCCAGCUCAUCUAUUGCUGGCUUCCACAACACAUCUCAGUCACCUGUACACCCCACCAAUGAUCGUAUAGGUAUUACUUUCAGGAAGUCCAGGGAAGUUUAUCAGGGUAAAGCCACCUCCAGUGCCAGAUCCAGUGGAUCUGAUGCCUCCUGUGAGGCCCCCAGGUAUGAUGUUGUUAAGAGCAAGGCACAAAAGCUGAUGGAUUACAUGCUCAGCAAGUACAAAAUGAAUCAGUCCUUGAUGAUAGUUGUGAUAGUUAAGAGAACCCUGACUAAUACAAUAGUAGAAAUGGUGAGAGUUGUCAACAAAAGUGUCAGGAAACAUUUUCCCGAGAUCCUCAAAAGAGCCUGCCAACACCUGGAUAUGGGUUUUGGCCUUGAGUUGAAAGAAGUGCACCCCAAUGCCAACAUGUUCAAACUAGUCAGCAAGAGACGUUUCAAGGAUGAGAUGAGUGAUCACAGCCAGCUGGGCCUCCCUGCCAGGAAGAUUCUCUAUUCUGUCCUGCGUGUCAUCUACUUAAAUCGCUGCUGUGCCCCUGAGGAGAAAAUCUGGCUACUCUUUAAUCAACUAGGCAUCUAUGAUGGGAUUCCGCACAUCAUAGUUGGGGAUGCCAGGAAGAUCCUCACCCAAGAUCUAGUGCAGGAAAAGUACUUGGAGUACUGCCAGGCCCUGACAGUGAUCCUCCCGAGGUGCCAGGUUUUAAUGCCAUUAGGAAAACACCCUGGAUCAAUAAAUCUCUUCCACACAUCACUUGUUCCUGAUUUGGAAAUUCAUUCCAGCAAAGUGAAACUGACUACCACAGAAUUGACGUGGAUCACUUUAAGUGAACACUCCCAGUGCCAAAUCCGAAGACUUCUCAAGAACAGUGGUUGA